AUGACGACACACAUGAUGAAUGGAUCAAAGCAUUGCGUUCAGCGCAGAUUUUAUGAUCUAGACUCGCCGUCAAAUGUCUUUGACUAUUCUCAACUUGCACAUUUUGUCUUUCCCAAGUGUAAGGAAUCCUCGAACCCAUUGGCCAUGAGUGAUUCUUCAAUAACUGCUCCCCUUGAAGAAGAAUGGAUUUCUUGUGAAGAAGAAAUGAAAGAAGACUUUUUAACGUCCAUGAUUGAGGAGGAGGACGAUCAUCCAUCUGUCCUUCACUUGGAUUUCACAACAACCUUGGAUGAGCACCACAAUAACAUGAACCGAAUCAUGGAAGAUGUCCCAGAAGAUAAUCUCUGUUUGGAUGCUUCCUCAUCGAUACUCACAACGACACUCCCACCAACCACCACCACCACUACCACCACCACAAUACCUGACAGAUGUGCUGUCAAGAGGAUGUCCCUGGACGAACAAGACAAUCUCCCUCAACAACGGUUGUCGUUUUCACAACAACGUUUCUUUGAGACGAGUUGGUGUUUUGUCUCUCUUUUCACCACUCUGUUGCAAUGGACGAUCAAGCAAACUCUCCUCACGGUAUCCAUUGCAAUCUUAUCCAUGCUCAUACUCUCGAUUGUGAAAGAACACUCCAAACGAAAGGACUCUCUUGAAAGAGUAGAAACUAAUCGACUUCUGAACGAUGAGAUGAUUCUUGUUGAGAAACAAGUAGGGAUCAAAGAAAUUACAAAAGAUGUUAAAUUCACCUCAAUAAUGUCGAGUUUGACAAUGGCAGUGAAUGUUUCAGGAAUAUUCGUAUGA